AUGUGCGGAAAUUCGUAUGUGAUUAACAAAUUUUCGGGAUCUCUCACCAAAUGCUUAACGUACAGUUGUUUACUUGGAAGCAAUACCAACAAGAGAAUUCAGAUCAUGAAAAAUGGGAAAUCACAUAUUGUUCCAGAAAACUACGAUUCAGUUCCAAGAUCUUUACCUUCUUCAAUCGGAGAUAGCAAAUGGGACGAUUUCCCCGGCGAAUUGCUUCUUGACAUAAUCCGGCGAGUGGAAGGUGGUGAAAGCUCAUGGCCAGCUAGGAGAGAUAUGGUCGCUUGUGCUUCGGUUUGCAGAUUCUGGAGAAACACUGUAAAGCAAAUCGUUAGAACACCUGAACAAUGCGGAUUAAUCACAUUCCCCAUGUCGCUAAAACAGCCUGGAUCGAGAAAGGAUCCGAUUCAAUGCUUUAUAAGGCGAGAUAGAGCUAAUUCGAUAUUCCGGUUGUAUCUAGGGCUGAGCCCAGCGUUAGCCGGUGAUGCAAGUAAGUUACUAUUGGCUGCAAAGAAGGUGAGAAAAGCCACAGGGACAGAGUUUUCAAUCUCCUUAACUCCUGACGAAUUUUCCAAAUCUAGCCUUACUUAUGUUGGAAAGCUAAGUUCCAAUUUUCUCGGCACUAAAUUCGCAAUUCACGAUGUGGAACCUUCUUACGACUCUUCAACAAUUAAACAAAUACCAAAAUUUGGUUUAAAAAAAAUAUCACGAGUGUUUAAGUCCAAAGUGGUCACCAUAUCUUACGAGCUUAAUGUUCUACGCACAAGAGGACCAAGAAGAAUGAAUUGCACGAUGAACUCCAUCCCCGUUUCCGAUCAAACCGGAAAGAAACACGAGACACCGGAAUCGGAAUCGGUGAUUCCGAUUCCGGUUGUGGAAAGGAAAGAUUCGUUGGUUUUGAGAAACAAGGCGCCGAGGUGGCACGAGCAGUUGCAGUGUUGGUGUUUGAAUUUUAAAGGGCGGGUUACAGUGGCGUCGGUUAAGAACUUUCAGUUGGCGGUUGAUAGUGGCGGAGGUGUGGAAGAAGAUGAUGUGGUGUUGCAGUUUGGGAAGAUUGGGAAAGAUAUUUUUACAAUGGAUUAUCGGUACCCGUUGUCGGCUUUUCAAGCGUUUGCGAUUUGUUUAAGUAGUUUUGAUACUAAACCCGCAUGUGAAUGA